CAUAUACAACAACAACAACAAGCAAGAAAACGUGUAUAAUUUUUGAUACAGAAAUCGUAAAUUUUAUAAUGCAAAUUUUUACAAAUCUAAUUCUAAACAAAAAACAAUGUGGAAGAGCGGAAGCAAUAGAAUCGUGAAAUAAAAAUACGCAGCAAAACAAUAUAAUAAAAAUAAUAACUGUCAAGCAGGAGAGAGAGAGAGAGAGAGAGAGAGAAGUUGAAGAGCAGCCCAACAACAAUAAGCACACAAUAAGAACAACAAAAACAUUGUUCUCACCUAUGGCGCCGCGGCGCAUUAACGGCAGUAAUUCUCCUCCCACACCUCCGACGCCCUCCAAUCCGCAGCAGCUGUCCUCAAGCCAGAGUCAAAGCCAAGCUCAGCAGCAGCAGCAGCAACAACAACAACAACAGCACCAGCAAUUGCUGAACUUAUACGACCCGAUGAACGGCAUGCAGCAACAACAGCAGCAGCAGCAUGCGGUGGGCAGCACCGUGUGUUGCAUGCCCAACGGCGAGUGCCGCAAGGUGGACGCACAGAUCAGUCUCACCGAUGGAUUGUCCUUGUCGGAUUGUGUGCGUGUUGUGUGCAACAAUGAGAACUGCAAUGUGGGCCAAUAUAUGCAUCGCGAGUGCUUUUUGGCGUGGGAGGGGCAGGUGCUGCAGACGUUGCGCACCAAUGGCAAGGCGCGUGGCUGGACAGAUCGUCAGCGUGUGCAGAAUUUGUGGACCAAAAAGUGUUACGAUCUCGUCUCUAAGGCAUGCAACUGCAAAUGCGGACGCGGGCAUUUGCGCAAGGAUCUCGAAUGGCGGGCACCCUCGCCCUCAGCAAUGUCGGUGUCGCUGGUGCCGAUGCUCGCCAAGAAUGGCGGAGGCGGUGGCGGUGGCAACGUUAUGUUUCUCAAUGGAGGCGCUGGCACAGGCAUGAAUGGUGGCCGUGGCAUUAAUGGUGGCAGCAUCAGCAGUGAAGAAGAUGAUAAGCUAAAAAAGGCCAAAAAGAAGCGAAAUCGCAACAAUGCUACCAACAAUUCGACGACCAACAAUGCCGGUGAGCGUGGAGGCGGCAACAGCAGCAACAACAACAACAGCAAUGUCAAUGGCAAUAAUAAUGCCAAAAAUGCCGCACUGACUCCCCUAAAUACCAAUGCCAAUGUCAAUGCUGCCUAUCAACAACAGCAACAACAACAACAACAGCAGCAGCAGCAACAACAACAACAACAGUUGUCCACUCUUACACCCAAUCCCAAUGUUGGCGUCAUUGGCUCUGGCCUGCCACACAACAGCGGCAACAAUAGUGGCAGCAACAAUGUGGUUGGCCUCCAGCCCAACGCCAUGGCCCCUCUGAGCAGCAUGAUCAUCCAUAGCAGCCAUGGCAGCAACAUUUUGGGCAUAGAUUUGCGCGCCCGAGCUGGUAGUCUUUCCUCAAGUGGCGCUGUCAGCGGUUCCAGCUCUCCAUCGGCCUCACAGUCCAGUGCUGACAUUUCCAUCUCGCCUGUGCAGCAGCAACAGCAGCAGCAACAACUUGUGGCAAGCAAGCAACUCUCGUUGCUGCAACAGCAGGUCCAGUUUGGCAAUACUUUGCUCCUUCAGAACGGCCUCGGCCUCACCACGGGCUUGCAACAGACUACUCCGCUGCCCGCCGUCGCCAACAUCAGCAACUUUAAGCCUCUGGCCACCUACGAUCAGCAACAGCUCCUCCAACAUCAGAAGAACAAGGAGGUCGAGGACUACUCGGAGCUUGUGCGCUCCACAUCUGGUUGCAAUGGCAUCUUCGGACGUCGUAGAGAUUUCGCAGAAUUCAAUGUUCUGCCAAUGACGCGUUUGAAUUCUUAUCAAGUCAAGAUCGAAGACGAGGGCAAUCAUGGCAAUGACGAGACACGCCUCUUCAUACUCUCCUCACUGGCCCAAGUGCAAAAAAGCCGUGUGAGCUGCAUUCUGUGUAACCUGCCCCUGAUCGUAUUCGAUCGUUAUCCCCUGGUCAAUGGCUCAUUCUUUCUAAGCCCCAGGCAGCAUUCGAGCGGCUGCAUUGAGGUCAAAUACGAGGGUCGCACACAAUACUUGACCUGUGUCUGCAUGAGCUGCCUGGAUGGCACCUCCAGCACUCGCGGCAUUAUCUGCAGAUUCUGCAAUGAGCCUUGGGAUGGCUCGAAUCUGGUGCUGGGCACUAUGUAUGCCUACGACAUCUUUGCAGCCAUGCCCUGCUGCGCCGAGCGUUUCAAGUGCAAUAACUGCUGCAAGCUGCUGAUGGUGCCGCCGCAGCGACUCAGUUUCUAUAGCGAUUACUCGCAUGGGGUUACCUGCCCCUAUUGCACCACUCAGGAUACGCAUUUCGUGAAGCCCUUGAGCUACUGCUAUGUCAAGAGCAAUGGGCAGCGCCAGCAGCCGCUCGCAUAACAUGAGGCCCCGUUGGAGUCUCCAACGGGCACAGCUGCAAUAAACACAGUAGCAACAACAACAACAGCAGCAGUAGCAGCAACAGCAACAACAACAGCUGGCAUCGCUGCUGUUGGUGCCACAGGUGCUCCAACGGCCCCAUCUACAAUGCAAACGCGUGCCAAACAGCCGCUCUACAAUCCAGCCAUUGACUAUUCAGCGCCAUUACAACAGCAAAUCAAUCCCGAUCUGAUUGGCGCUCAUCCGCAUGCGCAGCAGCAUCAGCAACAGGUACGCCAGCAGCAGCAGGCACAACAACAACAGCAACAGCAGCCAACAGCGGCUGCUCAGCAACAGCAACAAGGAUCUGCUUUGCGCGCAAAUGAAUCAAUAUAUAACAAUUUCCUUACACGUCUAAACACGUCCGUAAACUAUCAGCCGUUGGUGUCGAACCAACAACAACAAAAGCUGCAACAGCAACCAUUGCAGAUUAAGCCCAAUCUAACGACGGGCUUGAGAAAAUUCCAACAACUAAAACAGCAGCCGCAGCAAUUAUUAAGCCAUGAUGCCAAUACUCUUUUGUUGACCAACACUGGCAACAGCAACAGCAACAAUAGCCACACAAACACAAACAACCACAACAUUAGCGCUGUCAAUAGCAGUAUUAGUAACUUAAUUAGCCAUAAUUCGAAUAACAAUCAGAAACUAAAUGCCUGGACAUCAGCAACCACCGUCAAUAACAGCAACAGUAGCAACAAUAGCGGCAACAACAACACUACCAACAAUUCCGAAUCCAUUUCCGCUUUAUGGGGCUGUGCCAGCAAUGCCUCAUCAACCAGUGGCUGCUCCUCGGGCUCAGGAUCUCAGCCCUCUCUGAGUCCCACCACCAGCCACAGCAAGGAGUUGCUCUGGUCCCAAACCACCUCGUCCAGCAGCGGCAGCAAUGGCCAGCAACAGCAACAGCAGCAACAACAGCAACAACAACAACAACUCAGGGAUAAUUUCUAUGCGGCCAACGAGCAGCUGUUGCAACAUGCCGCCUCGCCCACAGCCUCGCUGACCUCCUCAUCGGGAGCCUCAUCCAUCGGCAAUAGUUGGGCACAACAACAGCAACAACAGCCACUGCAGCAGUCGCAGUCGCAGCAGCAACAACAACCACAACAGCUGAGUGGCAACUAUACGAAUAAAUUGAGUCAACUGAAUAUCUGGGAAUUGCCAACAGGCGGCAAUACACGCUCCACUGAUAUGCUCACCGAUCUCUGGUGCAAUCGGCACAUCAGCCAAUUCAAUAGCACCACCACCAACAACAACAACAACAUCGGCAACAUUAGCGGCAGCAACAAAGCAGAUGCCUCUUCGGAUGUUAGCUCGAAUUCAUCCUCGUCGGCAGGCGAAUUGCUCGAGGCAGCCAACAUAUGGCGACAUAGUGCCGGCGGCAUCGGCAUCGGCGCCAUUGGUGGUCGGGCGUUAAAGACAACAGCGCCACAGCUGUCCAACUAUCAGGCUGCCGCGGCCUACGAGGAGACAUCGCCCCAGCUGCUGGGCGGUGGUGCUGCCUGCAUGCAACUAUUUAACGAUUAUCUCAAUAUGAACAAUUAAGCGGAUACAAAAAAAACAGAAGCAAAAGCAAAAGCAAAAGCCUAACCAACUGUUAAACUAGCGAAAUUUUAACAUUCAAUUUUUCUUUAAGUUUAAGCGCUAUAGUGUAAAAGAAAAGCGAGAAAUUACACUGAACAACAAGAACAACAACAAAACACGAA